GCACAAUUUGGGCAACAGCAGUUGCUACAUCAAUGGCUUACACAAGUGCUAAGAGAGAUGCAUUUAAGCAUAGCAUUAGAUAUACAAUUUACAUUGAAGCAUUUAAACGAUUUAUAUUUAUCUCUAUGGUUAUUUUAUAUGUAUUUGUUUGCCACUAUAGGAUGCAUGCAUUAGGUUUAACGUUAGUAGGUCAACUUUCAGUUGGGUUUAAGCCUAUUUGCGUAUAUUCAUAUAUUGAAUGGCAG